AAGAGUUCCGCACAACGAAAAAGGCACACGUGUCUCUGGUUUGUCUCUCCCCUGUUUUCUGUUGCGCGUCGCACUGGCCGUGUUUCCCUCUCCCCGCCGCCGACCGAAAUCAGAGUUGACGCGUGCCUUGUGGCUGGUGCGAUGUCGGGAGAAAAGAGGCGUUCUUUUGUUCUCGCGCGAGUCUGGUCAAGUUGAAAGCUGCUCGACCGCUUUGACAACAGCCCCUUUUCUCCUUGGCUCUAGCGCGGCCGAGAAACAGUCACUCUCGCAAAAACACAGGCUGUACAUAGCCGCGCGGAAGAGAAACAGCCCGCCAAAAACUUGGGUCUUUCCAAAAUAACUUCGCUUCUCCGACUGCUCUCCCUGAGUGUCAUAUCCACGGAUUCCAGAAAGAAAAACACAGUGUUUUCACGGACUGUCGGGUCACGACUCCACAGGAGUAUCCCGAGCUACACCUAGAUACCGUCUCCAUGUCUACAUCUACAUAGGCAACGAGAACAAAUCAAAGUAUAAAUGCAUUGCUGCACUGAGUUCGAAGGACGUACCUGCGUCUUUAUUUGUCUAUGCAUGUAUGCAUGCACACCUGUUUCUUGCUUCUGCCUAGCACGGAGGCAGCUGAAGGAGGCAGGAACGAGGCGCCGUACCAACCUAGGAAUCUGGGACGCCGUUCUCUCUCCUUCAUCCUCCCUCUUCGACUCACAGAUGGCUAAACUUGUGUCAGGCGUGUGAACUCUAUUCCGCGGACACCUUGGGCUCUGAACGCCAACAGACGAUGGUCCAUCGUGUCUCGGUCUCUCCUCCAGUGAUCCAGAGAGGGCGAGACCCGAUCCUUUCCUUUCUUUCCUCUUCUUAUUUCCUUUCGCUUCCCCUCCUUCCCGUAAAGAGGAAAACGAGCCUCAGGAAGGCAUUUCGCGCUCUCUGUUGUUUUCACGGUUCUUUCCUUGUGUUGUAGCAUCUCUCCUUGUCUGCGGUUUCUCUACUGUUUCCGACCUCACGCAUUCGUUCCCCGUCGCUCCCACCGAUCUUGCUUCGCAGUUUCUGCGCUUCUCUGUCGUGUCUCUCUCGUCCCUCUCUCUGUUUCUCUGCCCUGCGGAGGCAGCCCGUCGCUGUCGCCCCGCGUUCUGGCCCUCGAGGAGAUCUCUUGAUUCCCCCUUAUGUCUCCUCUCGAUAUACGCCUCGACUUUUCUCGUCUGUGAAUCUGUCUGCGGCCUCUCCGCUUUUCUCGUCUUCUCGCUUGUUCUUUCUCCUCUUUUCCUCUUACUUCUUAUUGUCCGUUCUUCUCUCUUCUUCCUUCCUAUUCCGUCUCCACAACUGACCAUGGUGGGUGGAGACGCACGGCAUCCGUCUGCGUCUCCGCCUGCGCGAGGCAUGCCUGGUCGGGGGGUUCUUCCUUCUGGACUGAUGCCUCCGUCUUUCGCGCCUCACCCGUCGCAAGUUCCUUCUGGAGGCUCUCUGUUUUUCGGAACGCCGUCUGUGGCCUUCUACCCUCCGUCCGCGCCUGUGCCUUCUUCCUUUCCCGUGAGGCCUCCCCAUGACUCCAUGCUGUUGCCAGCUGCCGCGUCACCUCUCGCCUUUCCGACCGUCGGCGAGCCCGAGAGGCUGGGGGUUCCCUGCGGCACGGCGCCGGGUCCGUGUGGAGUGUCUCUGUCUCCGCUGCCCUCGUCCUUCUUGCCGGGGGCCGCUUCUGGUCCGCCAUCGGCGUUCCCGGUCUACAUGCACCCAGCGAACCAGCCGUUCCCGCUGGACGCGCGAGAAGACGGUCGCGGCCUCCCGGUGGGUGCGGCACCGCAACGGGGCGCAGGCCCCAGGCCCGAGGGCAACUUCCUCGUUCCGCUAUUCCCGGGAGGCGCUGCGCCUCUCCCCGAGAAAGAAGAGAAGAAACCACGAGAAGACGACCGAAGAGACGGCAGAAGAGACGAGACGCGGCGCGACGACGGCAGAGACUUCUCUCGCGGCGGAGACCGUGAGAGCGACAGACUGGAGAGACGCAAGGGUCGCCGCGACAGCGGGCGGAGCCCCCGGGAGAGCGGGCGGUUUCGCCUCGACGGAGACACUGCAGGCGAGAAGGACGACUGGGGCGGAGACCGAGGCCGGCGAGAAGAAGAGUGGCGCGACCCGCGAAAGCGUGGUCUCGGCCGCGACGGCUUCCUAGAAGGCAGGGAAGAUCGCCGAGGCAGACACGAAGAAUUCGAGAAGGGCGUGGGCGCCUGCGGACGCCAAGGCCCCUCGCCGCCCUUGGCCCCGAAGCGCCCCCGACAAGAGGGCGGCACUGACGCGGGCCUGCUGCCGACCCCUGGGCUUCACCACGGGGCUGGAGCGCAUGGUGGAGAGCCGCACGCGUUUCCGGCCUUUCGCGCAGACGACCGAGAGGAAGAGGAGCGGAGCCUGGGGGCCCGGAAGGGCGAGGAGACAGGCCGGAGUCGUCGCGAAGGCCGCGACCUCCCGCCUCGCGGCCGGGGGCGAAGCCGCGGGGGCGCUUUCAAACGCGGGGAGAGCGGCCACGCGGAGUCGCGGGACCGCGGAGGGUGGAGGCGCGGGCAAGGAUGCCCUCCAGGGGGUCGGCGAAGAAGAGAAGAGAGCGAGAGCCCGUGCGUAGGGAGACAGCGGCGACGGAGCAGCGAGACGUCCAGCUCAUGCCCGCGGAGACGCGGGAGUCCGUCGAUUCAGCGCCCGGAACGAGAAGAAUCCGCAGUGCCCACGGGCGGGCAGCAGUGCCCGUGGGGCGCGGAGAACGAGAGAAGAGAGCGGCGACAGAGUUGCGGUUCGUCGAUCUCUUCCUCGCCUUCGCCUGUGCGCGAGGAGCCGGAAGACCGCAGCAAGCUGGCCCCGGGACCAUACCCCGCAUCUGCCGGGGCGCCUCCCGCCGCCUUCUUCCCUCCUGUCUCUCCGUUACUUCAGCCCCCUCAUGAAAACCGGGACGAGGGCAGAAACCUCUACAGAGGGCCUCAAGGGCCCACGGGCGGCCGGGAACAACAGCAGGAGGAGACAGUUGGGAAGCAAGCGACCGACGGCAAGUCCGCGACGGAAGACGGAAAGCCUCGCGCUGUGAAGCCGGGAGCGGAGCUGCCUUUCUUCUUCGAUUUGUGGGUCCCCACCACCUUCCAUCCGUCGUGUCCAGAGCGCGUCCGCCUCGUUCUAGGUCCGAAAGGUCGCACGCACAAAGAAAUGGAGCAACUUUCCAGAAUGCGCAUCCAAAUCUACGGCAAGGAAAUGAUCCGCAGCACUCGCCGACAUGGAUACGAUGCCUUCAGAGACAAUCAGCCGCUGCACCUCGUGGUGACGUUCGACCGCAUGCGGCGCGAGGCACCUUGUGCGGAGACAGCGCAGCGGGCCCAGGGAGGGCUCAAGGCUUUUUUGGAGCAGCUGGUUGAGCGGACAUGGCCCCGCGAAGAGACACGGCGUCCGGAAAGUUUUUACGACAAACAGAUUUCUGCGGGGCCUUCCUGCGGACCGCUGGUGUACGUCCACCCGCUCGGCCUCCACGACGAGCCGCCGCCGAAGGAGCUGCAAGGGUGUCUCGUCUAUAAGCCGAAUCUCUUUCCCACGCCUAUCCACUCGCCGCUGGCUUUGGGGGGGGACACGCAUGAAGGGGCAGCUGGCGCGGCAGACGCCACGUUCUCUUCCACCCCCACCUCCCAGGUCUCCGCGGGCGAGGAGACGAAGAAAUUCCUCUGGGGUACAGACUUUUCGGGGAGAAUCUUUGGCCACGGAUUCCUGCCCAGAGCUCCCGGCGGCGAGGAAGAAGACGCUCGGCUGUACGAAGGCGACCAGACGCUGCUGCUUGACUGCACGCCACCGCUCUGCCUGCUGCUUCUCACGUUGCAGUCUCUGCAUGCGCUGCUGAGUGAGGAGGGCAUGCAGAGUCUGACGGUGCUCCCCGCCAGGUUUGAGGAGAAGUGGGGAGUCCGGCUUUUGCAGAGCCGCGAGGACUUCCAAGUUGCAGGCCUCCACCCGUCAAAGCGCUCGGACAUGCGUAGCGUGGACAAGCCGACUGGCGACGACGGGUACGGCGGCUUGCUCUCCUUCGUGCAGGAGUUCCCGGAGGUCUUUGAAAUUGUGCGGGACGUGAAGGCCAACUGCGAAGCCCACGCAGAAGAAGGUCGAAGAGACGAGUUCAGCGGCCUCAAAGUGCGAGCGAAGGAAGUCCCGGAGUUCGCGCGUGUGGCGAAUCGCUUCAAGACAACAAACCCGUGGCUGGAGAGAGGCGCCUGAUGCACGUCUGUGGGUGCACAGUUGCCGUAUCUCUCGAGGCGUCAACGCUGGACCUCUCUGCUCAGUCGCGCGUCUCCAUGACGACAAGGGACAAGCAGCUUGUCGUGGUUUCUCUCUCGAGGGCAAAGAAGCGAGAGCAACAAUGACUCACGUGUCUCUGCGGUGGCGAAAAACAAGUGCAUUUGCUGGUUCGAUAGUUUUGUGAUGACGCAAAUCCCAGGCGUGGAAUGUCGCUCGCGCCACACCACGGACUGUGCGGGAAGGGCAAGUCGCUUUUCUUUCGCGCAUUUUCAGAUUCGUUUAGAGAGGCCGGAGCUCCCCCAAGCCGCGGGCCUGCUGCACUCACGGUGUCGCCUGACUUCUGUGUACGUUCAAGUGCAGCCGGAGGCAACAUACUUCGUGUGUGUACCUCACAUGGGACCCCGUGCGAGUGUUUUGAGGGUGGUGCGACGCGGUCAGCUCGCGUUCGCUCGUAUCCAGAGAAGAGAGAAACCGGGAGGAAGGGUCGACGCGCUCGACUCCGAGAAGCAAAGUCGAGGAACGGAGCGACGGCGGAGAGCCGCAGAAACGGUUAGAAAGGAGAGAGAGGAAGCAAAGAAAUGGGGAGGAGGGAGGAGAGACGACGAAGAAGGGAACACGGAAUGCAGAAGCAAACUGAGGAAAUCCGAAGAGUCCUGAGUAUGGAGGAAUUUCUUCUCUUCGGCGACGAGAGGCGAUACGUAGAACGACACUCACCGCUUUACGGAUGUUUUCGUCUCUCCGGUCGAAGGAAAAUGUCAUGUGAAUCGGUGAAUGAAGAAGCGGCACUGCAGGUGCAGGACGCCAUCGCGUCUGUGAGGAAUGUGUUUUUGCAUGCGCGUCUGUGAUCCUACCUUUUUGCGUACCUUCUAUACAGAUAUACAUGUGUCUCCGCAAUUGUCUAUCGCUCGGUGCACCGAAUUAGGUCAGGUACCGUCGAGAGGAGGAGCUUACCGAGCUGUGUGCAUGCGGUUCCUUUUGCGUAUGGCGCUAAUGUUUGCCGUUUGUCGGUACAAAGUGUGAGCUUUUUUCUUCCAUGAAGUUUUUUCUCGAAGGACAAGCGCGGCGCUCGGUUAGGAACUGGGUAAACGUCUUUAGGCCUGGUCUAGCGUGUGGAUUACACUCGAUUCCGGUGAAGUUCAAUCUCUACUGCCGGGUGCAGCAUUUUCUCGCGGUGUAUGUUGCAGAAACAAUGUCUUGGCGUUGUUCCAAAUGAAACCCGCCCUCUUUUAUUUUCGCUCUGUCUCCCGUUAUCCCGAUACUCUUUCUUUUUUCAUGUGGAAAGAUGCGCGUGCAACAAAUGCGCACCAGCCUUACCGCCGAGGCGAGCAGAAGGGAAAGAAACGUGUACCUUCUUGUGCUCAAAAGAUCUCUCGAGAUUCGACGUUUCCGUACAGUUCGCGCUGUUCAUCUUUCGUCUCCUCUGGAAACCAGAAAAAAACGACCUCCACUUUGGGCGGAAACUCUGAACG